GCCGCUCCCUGCGCCCAGCCCAGCGUCUUCCCAGGUCGGAGAUGUUCUACAUGAUGAAUGUGCAGUGAAAGGCUUUUAGUAGAGCUGGAGCUGGUCUCGCCUGUCCUCUGGACUCCUCCUGUCUCCAAUGGAGCAAAGACUUGAACAGUGUGCAGAAAUCCUCUUGCAUCUACCCUCUGAUGAAGUUGCCAACCUCAAAGAAGGAAUCAAUUUUGUUCGGAAUAAGGAGACCAAAAAAGAUUACAUCAUAUACAAGAAUAAGAGCCAGCUGAAAGCAUGCAAGAACCUGUGCAAACACCAAGGAGGCUUAUUCAUAAAAGAUAUCGAGGACUUAGGUGGAAGGUCCGUUAAAUGUACCAAGCACAACUGGAAGUUAGAUGUCAGCACCAUGAAGUAUAUCAAUCCUCCUGACAGCUUCUGUCAAGAUGAAUUGGUUGUGGAAAUGGAUGAAGACAAUGGACUUUUACUCCUAGAACUGAAUCCUCCUGACCCCUGGGAUUUGGACCCCAAACCUCCAGAGGAUUUGGCUUUUGGAGAGGUGCAGGUAACGUACCUCACCCAUGCCUGCAUGGACGUCAAGCUAGGAGACGUAAGGAUGGUGUUUGAUCCCUGGUUAAUUGGUCCUGCUUUUGCCCGGGGAUGGUGGUUGCUACAUGAGCCUCCAUCUGAUUGGCUGGAGAGACUGUGCCGAGCAGACCUCAUUUACAUCAGCCACAUGCACUCAGACCACCUGAGUUACCCCACUCUGAAGAAGCUUUCUCAGAGAAGACCAGAUAUUCCCAUUUAUGUUGGAAACACUGAACGACCAGUCUUUUGGAAUCUCAAACAGAGUGGUGUGCAGUUGACUAAUAUCCAAGUAGUGCCUUUUGGAGUAUGGCAACAGGUAAACAAAAAUCUUCGAUUCAUGAUCUUGAUGGAUGGUGUACAUCCUGAGAUGGACACUUGUAUUAUUGUGGAGUACAAAGGUCAUAAAAUACUCAACACAGUAGACUGCACCAGACCAAAUGGAGGAAGGCUACCUAAGAAGGUUGCUCUCAUGAUGAGUGAUUUUGCUGGAGGAGCAUCUGGCUUUCCAAUGACUUUCAGUGGUGGAAAAUUUACUGAGGAAUGGAAAGCUCAGUUCAUCAAAACAGAGAGAAAGAAACUCUUGAACUACAAGGCUCAGUUGGUGAAGGACCUACAACCCACAAUUUAUUGUCCCUUUGCUGGAUAUUUCGUGGAAUCUCACCCAUCAGACAAGUAUAUUAAGGAAACCAACACCAAAAACAACCCCAUUGAUCUGAACAAGCUUAUAGAGAAAAAUUCUGGGGUGAUAACAUGGACCCCAUUGCCUGGAGCCACUCUGGAUUUGGGUCAGAUGCUUAAGGACCCAACAAGCAGAAAGGGCAUCAUAGAGCCUCCCAACGGGACUAAAAUUUACAAGGAUUCCUGGGACUUUUCACCAUACUUGGACACCUUGAAGGCUUCUAUAAAUGACGCAAUAUUUCUUCACCCAUCCUGGAUCAAAGAGUACUUCACGUGGGCCGGAUUUAAGAAUUACAACCUGGUGGUCAGGAUAAUUGAGACAGAUGAUGACUUCAACCCUCUUCCUAAUGGAUAUGACUAUUUGGUUGACUUCCUGGAUUUAUCCUUUCCAAAAGAAAGGCCAAACCGGGACCAUCCAUAUGAGGAGAUUUGGAGCAGAGUGGAUGUCAUCAGACAUGUGGUGAAGAAUGGUCUGCUCUGGGAUGACCUGUAUAUCGGCUUCCAAACUCGGCUUCAGCGGGAUCCAGACAUCUACCAUCACCUGUUCUGGAAUCAUUUUCAAAUAAAACUCCCGCUAACACCCCCCCAGUGGGAGUCGUUUCUGAUGCACCAGAAGUGGAAUGGAUUUGCAACACAAGAUGAUCAAGUUAAAUGUCGAGGCGUGCACAAUGGAGGAGUGCAUAAUGGCGAUGCCAAUGGUACAAUGCAACACUGUCUGGCUCAAGCCCAAUCUCUCUAUUAA